UAUUGUCAUUAUGAAUCGUCGUUCCCACCUUCAGCCACCUUGGGCCCCGCGAUUGAUCCUACCACCGGUGAUUGGACAUAUAUAAGUGACGCGAGCCAGAGCCAUUUUACAAUUGCAUCUAAUCGCAGCUAAUAACGUUCAGCCAUGAAAGUCGCGUUGGUCUGUUUGUUCGCCUUCGUGGCAGUUUACUAUGUAUCUGCUCGCCCGGACGAUGCCAAGUACACCAGCAAAUUUGACAACAUCGAUGUGGACCAAAUUCUUCGUAGCGAUCGCCUGCUGAACAAUUACUUCAAAUGUUUGAUGGACGAAGGAAGAUGCACUCCGGAUGGCAAUGAACUUAAACGAGUUCUGCCUGACGCGUUGGCCACCGAAUGCAAGAAAUGUUCUUCGAAGCAGAGGGAAAUGGCGGAGAAGGUAAUCCGAUUCCUCGCAGACAACAAACCCGCAAUGUGGAAGAAACUGAUGUCAAAGUAUGAUCCUGAUGGAAAAUACAGGGUCAAGUACGAAGAAGAGGCGAAGAAGCAUGGCAUCAAAGUUUGAAGAUCGACGGAUACGCGUCACAAAUUACACGGAGUUCGAUAAUUUUAACGUGACCUCGACGACAAUCAAGAAAAUUAUCAGCCAUAAUGAACACAUAGUUAACGUUGGUGUUGUUUGAUAAUUGGUCGUAACAUCUAUCUGUGUAUAAUACAAGCUGAAAAGUGCUAUGUUUACAGACACUGUGUAAUAACCUCCGAGAAACUGACUUAACCUAACGUCUUUAUCUAAUAAAGUAUCGUUAAACGUAA